UGCGAAACUCCGUGAUGGCACUCCUGUUAUGAUAAUGAAAUUAAAUGCGACGAGUAGUAUCCGGACCAUGAUUGAUCGUGGCAAGUUCGUGAAGGAGUGGAUUGCAUGUGGGGAAAGGUGCCCUAAGCCUAAGGGAUUCCUGCCCUGGUAUGUUCACUUCCGCUUGAUGACAGAGGUUGCUCGAGGAAUAUCUUUCCUUCAUUCCAAUCGGUCAGUCAUGGGUAGUGCCAUCAUCCACAGCGCGAUCAGGCCAGCAAACAUACUUCUCGAUUGCAAAUUUGAUGCCAAGAUUUGCAAGGUUGAGCAGGCCCUGCUUAACCCCCAAUGCACAAAGGGAGUGCAAGCAUUGGGGCAUCGUACCUUGGGAGUUUUUGUGGGACGUAAUGCUCAGUACAUUGCACCAGAGUAUUUGAGGACAAAGGUUUACAACGAAAAGACCGAUAUCUACGCGUUCGGUAUCACCGUCCUCGAAAUGCUCACGGGGAAUUUCAUGGACGCGUUUGGAAUAACUGAGGAGGCCAUUGAGGAUGCUGCCGCUUUUGAAAACGUUCUGGAUCCCAAUGCAGGUUCUUGGGAUGUGGAUCUAGCUAAGGAAGUUGCAGCGUUGGGGCUGCGUUGUGCGAGUCUGGACAGACGUAGUCGUCCAGACAUGAUGGACACAGACAUCGAUAUCUUAGGUAUAUUCAACGGAGUUGCAGGAAAAGUACAGCUUGCUGCGCCAGAGGAAGAUCCAUAGAGAAAUCAAGCGUAGUAUUCUUA